GCUUGGGGCGCGGCGGCGGCGACGGCGGCGGCGGGAUCGGCGGUAAAGACGGCCACGGCAGGCGGGGAAGAUGAAAGGUAGCCGGAUCGAGCUGGGAGACGUGACACCACACAACAUUAAGCAGUUGAAGAGGUUAAACCAGGUCAUCUUUCCAGUCAGCUACAAUGACAAGUUCUACAAGGAUGUGCUGGAGGUUGGCGAACUAGCAAAACUUGCUUAUUUCAAUGAUAUUGCAGUGGGUGCAGUAUGCUGUAGAGUGGAUCAUUCACAGAAUCAGAAGAGACUUUACAUCAUGACACUAGGAUGUCUGGCACCUUACCGAAGGCUAGGAAUAGGAACUAAAAUGUUGAAUCAUGUCUUAAACAUCUGUGAAAAAGAUGGCACUUUUGACAACAUUUAUCUGCAUGUCCAGAUCAGCAAUGAGUCAGCAAUUGACUUCUACAGAAAAUUUGGCUUUGAGAUCAUUGAGACGAAGAAAAACUAUUACAAGAGGAUAGAGCCAGCGGAUGCUCAUGUGCUACAGAAAAACCUCAAAGUUCCUUCUCUUGGCCAGAAUGCAGACGUGCAAAAGACCGACAACUGAACAAAUUAUGAAUGAACUUUCUUGCACUUGCUUGUCGCCAAAUAAAAGAGAGGCCCUUUGAUUUCUCUUCCCUCCCCCUUUUAGCAGCUUUUUUCCCCCUCCUUAACCUUAUUUCUCUUCUCCUUUGUUCCUUUUCCUCCAAAAUUUUAAUACUUCUUCCAAGGACUGUAAAAUUAAUCAUGUUUGGGUUUUUUGUUUGAGGUUUUGGGUUUUCUUUUUUUUUUUUUUUUGAGGGGUAGGGUGGGUAAAGGGUGGAAGAGGUGUCUUAUUUCUUUAGUUUUACAGUUGGAGGGGAUAGGUGGUCCUAAAAAAAUUGGAUGUUAUAAUUUCAGAUUUACUUUUGAGUGAUUUUAUGUCCUGCUUUCACAUUGAAGGGCAGAUAUUAACAAAUUGUGUAUUUCUCUUUUCUCCUCCCCCCCCCCCAAAAAAUAGCAAUAUCUUGUCCUCUAAUUCACAGACAAGUUUUGUGUGUUUGUGGUGUUUGGGAUUUAAAAAAAAAAAUCUGUGGGAUACUUAAUCCCCUGAAACAUUGCCUUGCACUCCACCUUUCAACCCUUCUGAGAUAUUUCUCAGGAGUUUGGAGCAUUGUUAACCCUGUAAGAAAUAUUAAGCUUGAUCCUUUUUUUUUGAAAAGCAAAUAUUUCCUCCUAAUCUUUGUAAGGGGGUGAAAAGUGUUACGUCCUUUGGUCUCAGUAUUUUUGAGUUAAGCUUCUCUGCUUUUGCUGAUGAGUGGACUGGUUGUCUUGUAGGCAUCUCCUACCUGCUGCUGAUUGUUACUAGUGGCAUUAAUUAUUUUUGGUGUAUAUCGGCUGGUAAGAUGUUAAUGAAGUCCUUAACAUUCCAGCUAGUACUAUGUAGACCUGAAAGUACUUAAUUGACCUGAAAGGUUUGGUGUGACUUGCUUUCCUCCUAUUUUCUGCAAACACUUUGUCUGCUUUUGGAAUCCUUAAUAGUGGUCAGUCCCAGCUUUGCCAUUGAGUGGACACCCUUAUAUAAGUCAGUCCUCCUAAAUUAACCUGGAUGCAGGUACUUGGGCUUUUAAGGAAUUGCUCAUCAUUUUAUUCAAAAUAUCUGAAGUGAGGUUUAGGUGGGCUUAUGCAUGAUGAUUUGUGCAUUUGUCGGCUCCCCCCCCUUAAAAUUCAGCUGAUGCAGACUCCUAAACCUGUGGCCACUGGGAUUUGAGGUGCAGGGCAAAGAAUGUGUGCAAAUUAUUGUUCUGAGAAUUAUAAUACAGGGAUCUUAUGCUUACCCAUAACCUACCAGGAAACAUCCCAAAUUUGCUUACACCA